AUGGACGACCUCGCCCCUACAUCAGAAGUGGGAUCAGAUCCACCCCCACUCCAUAAUGUUUUGGCACAACCACCAAUCUCUUUCUUCUCUGGAAUGGAAACAAUGUUCAAAAAAAUGGCUGAUAGCAUAAAUUCGCAACAAAACUGUUCAUCUACCAUACCGACAGUUUUGGUAUCUUUCGACCCCGAUGUCCCUGAGUCUGAUAUUAGCAACUGGUGCGCAUUAAGCGAAAUGAUCAUAGAAAAAAGAAAAUUAGAAGGUGUUGACCUUAUCAUUGCACUAACUCAUUCCCUUAAGGGGCGUGCUGCUACCUGCCUUACAAAAAUACAACCUGACAAAAUUUCUUGGCCCACCAUUAAGGAAAUGCUUAUCUCAAAUUUUUGUAAACCUAUGAUGAUGCUAGAUCAUUUCGAUCAAAUAAUUAAGUUUCGCAUUUGUAAUAAAGAUAGUCCCGCUGAGGCCGGCUUGCGUUUAUGGCAGCUGAUUGAAAGAAUCCCUGAUGCCAACUUACCCGAACACGUUAUCACUGGUUUUGUGGUCUCUGUUUUAUCCCAAUGUGACGACAAAAUUCGUCGUGAAUUGAAUUCAGUUGUCGUAAACGAUAAGCAUCAACUUUUUCGUAUCUUGCGGGGAAUUUCACUUAAAAGAUGCAAUGACGAGUCCGUCUCAUCAGAAAUAGAACACAAGAAAAUUCGAACGUCUACAAUGUUUAAGGGUAGUUGCCACUUCUGUGGAAGAGUUGGACACCGCGGUUUCGAAUGUCGUGACAAACAUCGUUUCACUAAUAAAAAUAUAUCUGUCUCACAUAAACCCGAGCAAAGGAAGACGAUGACAUCCUGCUACAUCUGUCAUGACACCAGCCACAUAGCCAGCAACUGUCCUAAGCGACCUGUCAAGAAAGAAGACGCCCCAUCGGGCAGCAAGCAAGUCAACCUGUGCUCCAAGGCAGCUCGCGGUACCCUGGAAACUAGUGGUAUGAAGUUGUCGUUUAUUUUUGACUCUGGUUCAGAAUGUAGUCUCAUUAAACGAAGUAAAAGUGAUCACCUUGAGGGUGAUAGGUUUCAUGAUCAGAUUCUAUUAAAGGGUAUAGGGGUCAAUAGCAUUAUAUCUCCUUUGCAAGUAAGAUGCUCGGUUUGCAUUCAGGGUUUGCCUUUAAAUGUAACUUUUCACGUAUUACCGGACGAAUGUACAAACGAAGAGGUUUUGUUAGGACGUGAUAUAUUGCAAAACGAAGUUUCUGUGGAAAUUAAUAGUAACUCAAUACAUUUUUUGAAGCCCAAGAUAACAAAUUUCUGUACAAAGCUGAACAAUGGACUACAAACUAUUGAUACUGACUUAACGGGCUCCGAUAAAGAAAAGCUUAUUAGUAUUUUAAAUAAGUAUUCCAACAAUUUUAUUAACCAGCUACCAACCACGCAGGUUACCACUGGCGAGUUAAAAAUUCAACUUAUUGACCCAAGCAAAAUAGCUCAUAGGCGACCUUAUAGACUAUCUCCUUUGGAAUUGGAAAUCGUUAAUAAUAAAGUCAAAGAACUAUUAGAUGCAAAUAUUAUCCGAGAAAGUUCUUCACCCUUUGCAAGUCCCACAUUGUUAGUAAAAAAGAAAGAUGGUAGUGAUCGUUUGUGUGUUGAUUAUCGCGAGUUGAAUAAAAAUACGCGUUCUGAUAGUGAUAGCUACCCACUUCCAUUGAUUAGUGACCAAAUAGAUAAGCUACACGGAGCAAAUUACUUCUCAAGUAUAGAUAUGGCCUCUGGGUUUCAUCAGAUCAAGAUUCAUGAAGACUCAGUAGAAAAAACUGCUUUCGUUACUCCAAUCGGUCAGUUCGAAUAUCUAACUAUGCCUUUUGGGCUUCGAAAUGCCCCACAGGUCUUUCAAAGAGCCAUCACCUCCGCACUUAAGCCCCUUGAUGAUGACAGAAUCCUAGUUUACAUGGAUGACGUACUCUCUGUAUCGGAAACGGUCAGUGAAGGUUUAGUGAGGCUAGACAAAUUACUAGAAACACUUUCUAAUUCAGGGUUUUCUUUCAAUUUUGAUAAAUGUUCAUUUAUGAAAAAGAAGAUCGAAUAUUUGGGAUAUACGAUUUCUUCUGGAGAAAUUAGACCAAAUCAUCGGAAAAUAGAAGCUUUGCAAAAAUUGCCAACCCCAAGCACCGAUCCAUAA